AUGUCCCGAUCCGGUCGGGCGUCUGGUCUCCAGAAAUCACCGGAAUUAAAAGAAUCCAAUCGGGCGAAUUUGACCUGGGAUAUUAGUUUUAAUUUUAAUGAAGAAAGAGGAUGUAAUCGAGGUACAGUAUGCCAACGUGUUAUCACUCCUGGACGCUCACUUAUGCCGUACUUAUUUCAGUUAUCUACCGAAGUAAAACUUUUGCAUCAUCAUGUACGUCUAGAUCGUGAUGCUUUAUCGGACCUAAACAUGUGGGUUAAUUUCCUUGAAAUACGUAAUGGUAACGCAUUAUUCUUAGAAUCCACAUUCACUUCCGACAUCGCAUUGAGUUUGUACACAAACGCUUCUGGCGGUGUAGGAUUCGGAGGAAUUUUAGGGCGUGAAUGGUUUGUAGGUAAAUGGGAGGGUGAUUUUAUACCAGUUAGACAACAUAUACGUGAAUCUUCACUCCUAGAAAUUGUGCCAGUAGUUAUAGCAGCCAAAAUUUGGAGUGCUUUAUGGACACGUCAUAAAAUACUAAUGCAUCCUGAUAAUGAGGCUUUAGUAUCCAUCAUUAACAAAGGCCGUUCAAAAUCGCCUGCAGUUAUGCACUUUUCGUGA